UUGGUCCAGGUCCGAAACUUCUUAUUCCAUUUCCAUAAGUCGGAAAGGAAUGGGGAGAAUUUCAAUGUUUGGGAUUGGUUUGACACAGGCAUUUCUUCAUAUUGGUUCCCGGGUAAGACGACGUCAAGCAUGCCACAUGCAGCGAAACCGGUCUUGGAGACGGGCGCAAAGUCCACCAAUUUAAGAACAAGCAAUGAGCUAUCCCAUCUGAUCGCUCCAUGGCGAAGAAUUAUGCCUCACAACAAUAGAGAAUUGCGACAGCGUCAUGAGUCGAAAGCUUACAGACAGCGAUCUUUGCCCCUUCCUUAUUACGAAUUCUGAGAAUUCAAUUUUCCAGCGACCUGUUGAUAAUAUGAUUGAGCAAGCAAUUAGGUGUCAUCUGCGUUGUCUCCGUGUCUCUAGCACUUACCACGAUGAGUUGAAAACCAAAGACUGUGCUCUGUUUCACAUAACAUUCUAUGAAAUAAUCCAACGGAACUCUACAAGCAAAGUAACGGAAUUGUGGCCGUCUGGAGACCUGUAUGGUGACAAACAGCAACAUCCAAAAGGAUCUCGUCAGAUCCGUGAAGCUGCUUUGACAAUCGUUGCUGUACCAUGUCGAGAGAUGUCAGGUUCGAAAGCUAGAGCCAUCUUCUGGACGAUGAUAUGUCUACGGCCCAGUCAAUUUCCUCACUUGUACUAUUCUGAGCAAGGAGAUGAGGUUGCAAGACGCCGCACAAACGAGAUGAUAGAUGAUAUGGGCGAUCUCGUCCAUAACAGCCUGGUGACGGUGCUGUCCCGCUGGAAUGAGAUCGCACGCUAUUUUGACGAGCUCCUCACAGAGAAAAGAGAUCUGUUACGUCCCGAUUAUCAUGAUAGCUUGCUGACUGACGAUGAUAACUUCUCAAGAUCGAAAAAGUACUUCUGGGCUAUCGAGUUUCUCAAAGAAGCCUGCAACAGUAUAUCCGACAAUAUCCAGCAGAUAAAACACUUUCUGGAGUUUCUGGAAUCGAAUCCUCCUGGGACCAAAAAAGCAGAAAACGAGUUCUUUCUAAAACUCAAAAGGCACUACCUUACUAUCCAGAAAUUGGAGACCUUGGAGACUCGGCUGAAACUAAAGAAGGAAGAGGCUGCUGCUUUGAGGGAUGGGUUAUUCAGCGCCAGCGCGGUGAUGGACAGCCGGGCUUCCUAUCAGCUCGGACAAAACGUGAAGCUCCUCACACUUGUGAGCAUCUUCUUCCUUCCUCUCUCAUUCUGCGCUUCCAUCUGGAGUGUCAACAACUCAAUCUUCAGCAUGACAGCGUUCGCAAUUGUUACUCCUAUUUUAGGAAUAAUGACGUAUGUUGUGGCUUUUAACCUCGAGAAUAUUGCGUCGUGCUUUAAACGCCCACGUAAGCCAUCUUCAGUACAUCGACCGUCCCGUCCGCAAAGAAGUGAAAAGAAAGGAACCAGCGAAUCCACCUGGAAAAGCGAAGAGGAUAUACACUCCAGACCAGAAUAUUCUGGGAAGCAGCCUUUGUGGACUAGGCGCAAUUUACCAAUUUGGCCGCGAGAGCUUAUCUGGAAGCUGUUGACAUUGGUGGGAGGGUUGAUGCCACCGAGACGCAAGAAAAGACGAAGGUUGGAGGAGGAAUUUCAGCCAACAUCUCUCGCAGAUCUCAGAGAUGUUCAUGUCAAAGUUGAGGUUAACGUCGAGGAAAGUGGCGCAACUUAGCCAACCUCAGGACAUCGCCACAGGACACACAAUUUUGACAGGAGUGGGAGCGCCACGGGCAAAGGCGUUCGUGAAAUCCACGAUUGUGGUGGGGUGGGCCGAUGCAGGUA